UGAACCUCGGCAUCCUUUCCCACGUUGGAUCAUUUCAGCUCCGUUAAACCGGAGAGGCAUCACCGGAGCAGCUCUGCAAACAUAAACACGGUGAUCCCGUGCAGCAUGCAUCCUACAAGAGAAAAUGUUAGAAAAGAAGGCGGAAUGAAGACUCACUCUUUGGAGAAGAAACAGAAAAAGGAAGAAGAGACAAAGCAUAAGAAGACAAGAUGGACCGUCAUCUGAUAACCUGUUCAUCAGUUUUUUCUUGGAGAGUAACUGAUCAGUCAUUUUAGCCAUGGCACCACAUAUUGUGCUUCUUCUUCUUUUGUUUUUCAAAGAGGAUAGAAAUGGUGCCGUGCUAGCUAAUGGUGUUUUGGAAGAAGAGCAGGAUUUACCAGUGACAUCAAGUAGAACACAAGCUUUACCUCGUCUGGAGAACUUUUCUGGAAGUUUGGAAGAACUGGCAAGCCCUCAAAAUGUGGCUUUUAGACUUAAUGACAGGAAACGUAAUGAUUCUGACAUUAGGGACAACAUAAGGAGGCAAACAGUCAUGCUGAAACACCCUGAAUCUGCUGCCAAAUCCAUAAAACCUAAACAUAGCCGUGAACUCGCUCUGAACCGCCAGAAAAGAAGCAAUUUGACUAAUGGAGAGCUUGAUGGUGUAAUUAAUGCUCCCAGUCAUGAUGAGACGAACGCUCUUCAGACUGAGACACACUCGGAGGCAGGUGUGGAUGAAGUUGUGCCUGAGAGGACAGAAAGAGGGUCUAACUGGGUCACGGGGGAUGAGGACGGUCGGCCGGAGCUUCAGGCGGAGCCUCGCUCUCGCCACAGGAGGAGCUGGCUCUGGAACCAGUUCUUUGUGAUCGAGGAGUACAGAGGGCCUGAGCCAGUACUCAUCGGACGGCUUCACACUGACAUGGACAGGGGAGACGGACGCACUAAGUACACAUUGGAGGGAGAGGGAGUGGGCUCAGUGUUUGUCAUCGACAGCAACACAGGAAACAUUCACGUCACCAAGUCCCUGGACCGCGAAGAGAAGGACCAGUACCGACUCAUCGCCACGGCUACAGACCGUCAGACCGGCCGAGCCCUUGAGCCGUCUUCUCAGUUCAUCAUCAGAGUCCAGGACAUCAACGACAACCCGCCUGUUUUCCCCAGUGAACCCUACGUCGCCACGGUGCCAGAGAUGGCCAACAUAGGCACGUCCAUAAUCCAGGUCACAGCCAGGGACGCAGAUGAUCCCACGUAUGGAAACAGCGCCCGGCUGGUGUAUGCCAUCACUCAGGGCCAGGACUAUUUCUCUGUGGAUCCGCAGACAGGCAUCCUGCGGACAGCAGUACCUGACAUGGACCGGGAGACUCGUGAUGAGUAUCAGGUCGUCCUCCAGGCCAAAGACAUGGGGGGGCAUCUGGGCGGAUUAUCAGGGACCACCACCGUCACUGUGAGGCUGACUGAUGUCAACGACAACCCCCCUCACUUCAGACGGAGUGCAUGGUCAUUCUCUGUGUCGGAGCUGGCAGCACCAGGUGUGGAGGUGGGUCGACUCACCGCUGCUGAUCCCGAUCUGGGAGAAAAUGCACAGCUGGAGUUUACCAUCCUGGACGCCGAGGAGGCCGAAACAUUCAACAUAACCAGCAGAGACCAAGAGGCUGUCAUUGUGCUCAACAAGCUGCUGGAUUAUGAGACACGCAAUUCGUACACUUUUGCCGUGGAGGUUGCAAACCCUUUAGUAGAUCCCCGUUACCUGAGGAACGGUCCCUUUAAAGACCAGGCGACAGUCCGGGUCAUGGUCCUUAACGCUGAUGAGCCGCCUCGAUUCUCCCAGGCUCGGUACCAUCUGGACGUGUCGGAGAACUGCCCCCCUGUCUGCUCAGUUGGCCGGGUCUCUGCUACAGACCCAGACACGGGGCAAGGCACCAACAUCAGGUACUCCAUCGAUCCCCAGUCAGACCCUGAGGCUCUGUUCCGCAUCGCCUCUGACACAGGCUUUAUCAGCACGGUGAUGGAGUUAGACCGUGAGCAGGAGCAGUGGCAUAAUAUCACAGUCAUCGCCACACAGAGGGACAAUCCAAAUCUUGUGACAAGGGUUGUGGUUGCUAUAGAGACAAUAGACCAAAAUGACAACGCACCAGAGCUGGACCGAGACUACACAACGUCUGUGUGUGACUCCAGUGCCCCCGGUCAGGUAGUUCAGGUCCUGCGAGCCAUCGACAAGGACCAAGGAGGUCAAGACACCCCGGUUCACUUCAGCAUCCCCCCAGAGUCCAGCUCCGCCCUGAACCUUUCCAUUAGGGAAUCUGGAGGUGUGACAGCCAGCCUGGUUCUGCAGUCAGCCUUGGAGCCCCUCCCUGGCUUCUCCUCAUCCUUACUCACCCUCUAUGUGCCAGUUGUGCUUCGCGACGGGGCCUCGGGUCUGACCAACACUGGCACGGUCACUGUGACCAUUUGCCCGUGUCUGCGGGGGGGCAUGCAGACAGAGGACCGGGGGACGCAGAGGGACAGGCGAUGGGAGAGACACAUGGUUUGCCUCCCCAUGCCGUCCUCCUCUGCAUCUCUCAUUUUCAGUCUGGUCACCUUAUUGGCGAUGCUAGCGUGUGUCACAACUUUGCUGGUGGUGUGUGCACUCUCGCUGUCAUUGCGCCAUCAGAAGCGAGACUCCCACUCGCCCUUCGAGGAGGAUGAUGUCAGGGAGAACAUCAUAUCCUAUGAUGACGAGGGGGGAAGGGAAGCAGACACCUCAGCUUUUGACAUCACGGCACUGCAGAGCAUGCACAGAAUGCAGCACAUGCACAACAACAGGAACAUAUGGUACACCCCGCAGAAUCCUCCAAGGGCCAGGACGUACAGCUGGAGUCGUAACCCGCGCCCCAGCUUGAGCCCUCAGCAGCGGCCGGGCUCCGCUCCGCUCUACGGCCGCCUUUGUUACGGCCUCCACACACUGCCUGUUCUCAGAGAUUAUCCAGUCGGACCUCUGGAGGCGGGUGUGCAGCUGACGCAGCUGACCCACAGGCUCAAUGGAGGUCAUCUCGGCAGCUCCCUGGUGAUCCCCAACCAGAACACCUUUGAUCCUCUGCUGCGCUCUCCCGAGAUCAGCACUGGUUGUUAUAAAGCAGAGCACAUGCUGGCGACGAGCAAAAUCACAGACAGACAGGAGGGCAGUGAAGCGAACACAGCCGACACAAAAGAGCAGCAGGAUCUGGCCAAGAUAAAACCGACAGAAACAGAGUCGACACCAGCCGGCGACUCUGCAGAUCUGUCCCACUGUGACCCAAAUGAGUCUUCAUGCCAAAGUCACACCAGCUCCUCGUCAAACCAGCACGAGGGGCGGCCAGGGUCAUCGCAGACCCAGAUCAGCACCGGAGCCACCAGCUGCACUUUGGAUGACAUUGAUACUGACUCUUCUAUUCCCUCUGUUUCUGAGCGAAAUUAUUCAAAUGGAGGUCAAACGAGUUGUGUAAAGCCUCCUGUUUACCUGCCAGGAGACACGUACAGCAUCGUGGGCUCGCUGAAUCCCAACAACAGAGGAACAUGCUCCAACGGGGUGAGCAGUGGUGGCUUGUUCCCGGCGGGGAUGCAGCUACUGAACAUGUGCAAACUCCAGGGGAAGGAUCUGACCUCGCAGCCUUUGUCCUUAACUGGGGGGCUGUUUGGCAACAACACGGGCUGGGCAUGCGGGGCGGAGAGCGCGAGAGGAGAGGCGGCCAACCCGCAGCCUCUCCGGAUGGAAGACCUCCUGAACAUCCGUCUGGACCAGGUCACCUUUGACCUGUCGCAGCCGCCAUAUGACUCACUGCAGACUUACGAGUUCGAGGGUCGUGACUCACGCGCUGAGUCACUGAGCUCGCUGGAGAGCGACGGGGAGAAGGACGAGGGGAAAGUGGUGGGGGGGAUGGAGGAGUUAAACCAGAAGUUUCAGAGGCUGGUGGAGAUCAUUCGAGAGAGAGAGAAAGAGAAGGAGGGAGACGGGGGAGAGACAGGGGGAGGAGGGACUGCUGAGGCGCCUGACGAUGAGACUCAUAAACAAAAGGAGGACGAUGAAAAACAACAACAGAGAUGGGAUUUCUAGUCUGCAAUAAAGGGAAAAGUUAGAGAGAGGAGCGGGGCUGUUGACAGUGAUGGAUUUUCAAAACAGCAGGGUGGAUAAACACACAGACUCUGACAGAAAUCUUCUUGUUUGGCCCCCCCCUGCAGGGGAAAAAUCCAGGAGUUCGACAGCAGAGUGAAGAUUUGUGUUGGCAUCAGUGCACAGUGUAUAGUUUUCACCUCCACUGUCUUUAUAGAAAUGCAUAUGGAUCUGUCACUUUUCACACUGCUCAUGUAGCUGACAUUAAUAAUGCACUGGAGCUUUCAAAGCUUAAAGUUAUGAAAAAUUAACUUUUUUUAAAUAUUGAUUCCGAGCCCUGAAAGCUGCAUUGUUAGAAAAUGGGCCUCAUUAAAUAUUGAGCAGAAUUGUGAUAUUUAAUAUUGAUAGUUUAAUAUGGACAUGCUCUUUGGAAAUCCCUGGAAUUUGAAUGAAACUUCUGAAUUGGGAGAGUUUUAAACAGUACAGUACUGCCACGUGUUCACAGAGUCUGUCUGUGAGUCCGAGUGUGUUUCAUUUCUUUUCUGUAGCUCAGCAAGUCUAAAUGUUCAACACUUCAAUACUCUUAGAUACCAUGUGACACAAUACAGUCUGUUAUUUUAAUGAUCUAUAGUACAUUAUAAUACCAAAGCUUUUUUUUUUUAAUCCGUCUUUUUUAAAGGACAGGUACGCUGGAGAGGAAUGAGUCCAUCAAUCCUCCUCCUGCACACUGUCUAAAGUCACAAAACAUGGGCAACAUGCAUGUUUUUGUGCAAUUAAGAACAAGAAAUUAUCCAAUUUAUCGGUUAGGACUUAUGUUUUUAUUGCUGUUGUAUCUGAACAGGUAUCGUUUGAUUUUUACUAGAGUCGAGUUGAAGUUUUAAACUCUGGUAUCAUGACGACCUUAUCAGCAGGUAGUCUUCAUCACAUCAGCAGAGUCCACUCACUAUUAGGGGGUGUCACGAUUCUGAUUCUUUACAGAAAAGGAAUGGUAAUUAAAAUGUAGGGUCAGUGUUUAAUUCAUUUGGCACAAAACACAAAAGCUGCAGGCUGAAAGCUAAUCUGAGCUUACUGUAGCUUUAGCCUGCAGGUGCACUUUCAGAGACACCCUGGUCACUGCCAGAGUCGGAGAUGUAUUGAAACAACAGAAACAAGUUCAGCACAACCCCGAAAAUCCUCCUGUUCCCUGAAGGCAGCAGUAUGGCAGCAUUUUACCUUCACACUGUGAGAUUUGAUAAACUAGUAUUGUGCUCAGACCAAAACACAGGAAAAGUUUUGUCCAGGUGUGUUUGCAAACGGUUCACUGCUCAUGAGGAAACUCACACAGCUCUGAUUCCUCACUGCCUCCUUCUUUAAAGAUCCUGUGUGGAGUUUUGAGCUGGUUAUGAAACAAACUUUUAAUGAGUUAAUGAAUUAAUUAAUGCCUCAAUAUGUAAGAUGUGUUUACCAAAAAAAACAACAACACCAUCAGCAUAAAGAUUUCUAUGUAGUUCUAUACAAUGCCUGAGACUCGAGGGCUAGGUGUCAGAAGAGGCAACAAAAAGCCUGCUACAGAAAAAUGUAGUUUUAACAUUUUGUAUUUUAACAUUUUCCACAGCAGAUUCUUUAUGAGUGAUAAUAAAGCAGGAUGAGGUUUUUGUCUAGUUACUGUGCACUCAUUGGUCUUGUUGUUAGUCCUGCGUCCCUUCUAAAGAGGCUGUAGCCCUCAAAGCGGGUGGCCUGGGUUUAACCCUUUCCUGCAUGUCACUCUCUACUCCUGAUUCCUCCCCCCUCACCCAACAAAACCAAAAGUUCAUCAUUACCGCGAUGUCAGAUACUUGAGGCUGAGAAGUGCUAAGUUUAGAGACCUGCUAGCUUGAUAAGACUCAACUCACCUUUUCUGAGCCUUUAUCAGAUGGGUACCAUGUACUGGUAUUCAGUUUCACCAAAUCUAUCAAGUCCGACAUUGGCUGCUUUCAGUUUACUAAGGCUGUUUGAAAAGAGACUCUUGGCUGCAACCUAAAACAUUUAAUGGACCCAAAGAACGCUGAAAUAACAACAUGAAGCAGAUUUGUAAAGAAGUUUAUUUAAAAAAAUUAUUUGUCAGGUCUUUCUACAAGACAACCAACCUGUAAAGUGCUUUUUGUAUUAAUGGUGGGUUGUAGAAGGUAGAUUGUUGAGUCUCAGGAUCAGGAGAUUUUCAUGGCUGACUGACUUUUAAGACAGUUUCACAGGAAUGUCUCGCCCAAGUUGAAUUUCUUUGAUUUUUUAACUCAAGCUAAUACAGAGAUCAAGCAAUUAUUUUAUUUUCCUCCAUUCUUCUUACAUAAUUGAGUUCUUUGCAUUCACUGUAUGAAAUGAAGUUGGUGAAAACUGUUCUAGAUGCAUAAAAACAUGUUUUCCUCAGUAUAAAAAAAGGAUAUGGAAAUUACUAUUUAAUUCAUUUCAAGAUUCCUGUUAACGUGCAGCCAUAUCUACUGUGACUCCAACCUUGAACAUUGUGGGCUAGUUGUUUAUUUUCCGCAGCAUAAAGAGCUGAAUGUAAACAGGAUGGAGGAUGUGAUGCAGAUCAUUCAAAUUUCCAAAGAAUGCUUCUAAAACCUGAGUUUAAAAAAAAAAAUCAAAUCCCACGUCUUAAUCAGAAAAUGCCUCAUUUAUAAGACCUCAUUUAGAUAUCCAAUUUUAAUAAGCUGUUUUCAUGGCCUGCAGGAUCAAAUCUUGAAUGUUGUCAUUUCCGGAAUGACAUUCAAAAUGUUAUUCAAACACAUCAGUGCUGAGACAAAUAUGCGUAAAGAGGAUGUAAUGGUGUGUGUGAAGAAUCGAGACACCCCUACUCACUAUGCAAUGUGCACACAGUUAGAGAUGAUUAGACUGUCACUGUCAGAGACGUGUGUGUGCUGUUGUGAAAGUAAAUAAUGUCCAUGUGUAGAUAAACAUCAACUCCUGCUGUAGCGGUCAUUGCUCCACACAGUGGACUCUCCUGUGGGACGGGUCUAUUUACUGGAAUCCACACAGGAAAUGAAGCAUCUGAUUUGCAGUUAUUAAACUGUUGCCGACUUACAAUGUUGCCUCUCAUUUCACCCACACAAGACGAUUAUUUUUAAUUCACUGUUGUGAUUGCUCGUCUAGAAUUAUCUCCAAAGGCUUAUUUAUGUCCCGCGUUUAAAGAGACAGAAUUAGGCAGCAGCCAUUAUGUGAUGUAGAACGUGCAGCCAUUGUUCUGGAGACGAGCCCUGAACACAGAGGAAGCUGCACAACAAUGCUUUUUAAGAUUGUGUUGUGUUAUCCAGGCAGGCUGUCGUCUCACAAUGACUCGUUUCUGUGGCUAUUUCAAAGCUCAUUAUUUUUGAGAAGGUAUCAAGAGGAGUUAUUAAACUAAUGCCAGUAAAUAAUGUGAUCAAA